AUGGUGCCCGCCAUCAUCCUCUUACUAUGGUUCGCUCAAUUCGCUUUCUGCGAUCUCGGCGCAUUCUCCUCGCAAAAUUCAAACUUUCCCAACAUCCACGACGCCUGCCCGUCGCGCCAAAACAUUCCACGCCUCUGCAACCCACACUGCUCCACCAAGUCACCUGCAAAAUGCCUGUGGAUCAACGGUCUGACUUGCUACGGUGCUCGUGUCUCGACCAAUGUGCUCUUACACUCGAUGCCACCCCCGCUCUACGCCCAUCCACUGCUCCAAAGCUUCCCGAAGUGCUCGACUCGCCUGCUCCCGAUGAUCUGUGCGCACUCCUACCGGCCGUGCCACACUUUAGACGUAAUUGGUGAAAGCCCUCUUGCCAACGUAUCGCUCGUCCAUGUUCUGCCGCUCGCCGAUUGCCACCAGAUGCUCGAGGCAUGCCAACCUCUGUUCGAAUUGGCUCCUCAGUUCAAGUCCAACCUGCCCUUCAAGUGCGAGAAUGGCACUUUCUUUAGCAAUGAUUGUCAGGAGUCUUCAGCCACCCAAUUGAUCAAACUGGAAACUCCCACUUGCACCAAAGGCCUAAUCUACAUACCUGAUGCUUCCGUUGACCAACACCACAUAAUUGACGAUUGCUACGCGGAAUGCCGCGCCAGCACAAGCCCGGUUUACGUCGAGCUGAAGUUGUUGGUGUCAGGGUUCUUCUGCUUGGUUCUGGGCGUGUUUGUGUUUUCCCUCUUCCUCCGCAGCGACAUUGCCAAGCGGAGCUUCCCGGCCAGAAUUUUUGGGAUCGGCAGCUGCGCGGCCCUCUUGUAUUCCUUCAUUUGGUUUUCCUCCGGAUAUCAAGGCUUCUUCAGCAGCAUCACUUGCCAUGAAAAGCAUGUCAGAAUCUCGCCAUUGGCCGACGAUAUUCUUGGGGUCUCAUUCUGCGCGGCUGUCCAAUUCUUGCUCUCUGGAUGCUUCAUUGCCAGCACAACUUGCCUCAUCGUCAGCUUUCUGUCAAGCCUCAUUGGGGGGCAGGUGAAGAAUCACCCGAGAUCAUAUGCAAAAAUCUGGAUGGAUGCACUGGUCAAAAACGAGACGUGCCUGCAGAUCAUUGGAGUUUGCUACUCGUUGAUUUGGCCAUUUCUUUUCAAGCGCAUUUCUGGAGUGGAACGCAACGAAUUUUCGGGGGUCUGCUUCCCCGGAAAUCACUCGACAUGGUCGUUCGUUGCGCUUCUAUUGGGCGCCUUGAUCUUGGUGUUGAUUGUCAUCGCCUUUCCCACCUAUCAAGUCAUUGGGCGAGCGUUUGAAGGAGGACAUCUGGCCGAGGAGACUCACGAAUUGACGAUGAAGCCCGGGGAUUCGAAGAAGCUUGACGGCACUUCCGGUUCAUUGGAGUUCCACAUCUUCCGGCUUCCCACAAAAUGUCUAUUUCUGCUUAGUCUCUUGGCCCUGAUGCUUUCUCCCGUCCUACAUUACCUCUCGAUUCACCACUGGCCUAAACGGGAGAAGACUGUCUAUGAGAACUACUGGCGGUGUGGCUUCAAAAAUGGUACGACGCCCGAAGAAUGUCAUUUCGACACGCUUGAGCAGCGCCCAGCAUUCUCGCUUGUGGCUUUUGUGAUACUGCCAAUUGUCGUAUACGUGUUUGCUAUAGUCUAUGAUGCUCUGCCCGCCAUCUUCACAAAUACCCCAUAUGGCGUCGGGCUGUGGGCAAAGCGUCUUCCCGUGAUAAGCGAUGGCGAGGUUGAGAAGGAGACCACUUCCGGACAGACUUUCACUCGUCGACUUCGUAAAUGUUCGCCCGCGAAACGAACUGACGAUAGCACGCCUUGCGACGAGCCACGUUCAACCAACGAUCGCUACUCCUUCACUCGCCUAGCCAAACAAUACAAAAAAGCUCUGAAGAUGAUUGACCAGAAGGAGGUCGAAUUAGGGCAAGCUACGAAUCGUGUUGGCGAGCUGAGCUUGCUCGUCGGCCAACUUGAGGACACCACGAUUGCGCAGGAGGCUGCCGCCGCGCGUCUCGCCCAGGAACUCGAUCAGAAGGACCUGGAGACAAUGCCAAGAAUUGCGGCAAUCUUCGAGCCCCAAACAACAUCGAAUGGUGUCCAACAGUCGGCUUCCAAUGCCAACCCCACGCCAUACGCUGGCCUCAACUUCCAGCCGUUCUCGUUUCUGCCCAAUACGCCAAAGGAAGAAUGGGCCACGAAUCCACCCAUCCAUUUCGAUGAUGUCGCGAUACCAUCAACAAGCGCUGCCGGAACAAGCGGACAGCACUCGGAGCAGAACUUCUUUUAUGUACACCCCCAAAUUUACUCGUCGACGGAUUCUGAAUGCUCGUAUGGAUUCACAGAGAAGAUCGAAGACUUCCGGCGAGAACAGCAAGAACAACAAAAGCUUUCACCUUCGUACGUUGCUAGCAAGCCUCCGGCCAUCGCACUUCAUCGGUCUGAGAUUCCGGCGGUAGAUGAGACGCUACGUGCCAAUCACGCCUCGGAUUCCGAUUCCCAGCUCUCGCUUAGCUUCCUUUCCGAUGUUGAGGAAUAUCGGAAUGUGCGAGCGCCUCCCUCUGAUCUAGAAGAACAAAACCCGCGGCAUCUGGUCGACGACUCCGAAUCUGACGAGGCGAACGCGCACAUGCCGGUCCUCGAUCUCCAGGAAUUCGUGCAGCCGCUCCCUGCUGUGCCCGAUUAUAUCGGCCCGUUAGUGUCGAUGUCAUCGUCGAUGACGAUUCCGGAGAUCGAGCUCCGUGCACAAAUCAUUCGCGAGGCCCUCACGAUGCCUGAUCAGCUUGAAGCCUUCCCAUUUCAAAUACUCGUUGUGCUCGAGGCAGCGCAAGUCCUGAAUCCGGUUGUGCCUGCCGUGGCAGUGCCUCCGCAACAUGUCGUAUACUCGAUCGAGGCAAUUCGGCGAAUGCUGGGUCCUCACCCUCGUAUCCCCCCGAAUCUCCGAGACGAAAAUGUCUUCCGACACCACGUUGGUGUUUUGGCAUUCCAGCAAGCGCUCUCGAUGUCUGUCGCCUUCAGGAAUGUGUUCGGGCCGCCACGGCAAGUCCCCGAGGUGCUGCGCGACAUCAACGUCGCCAACAUCGUGCCGCGUGCGGUCUUAGUACGCAUCCAGCAGGGAGAUGAAAGCGCUGUGGGUGAAGCGAUCGAUUUAAUUCAGCACUCGCCUUUUCGCAUCACUUUGACAGUCGGCGAUCGAGUGCAGGAGACGUUCCUAUACCUGCGCGAAUAUCUGGAUAUGAGGGCCGCCCAGCUCGGUAUCCCCCCGCCGAAUCCCGAUCGAGGUCAACGCGAUUGGCGGCAAGACGUCAACGUCGAAAGCGACGAGCCUGGGUACUUCACCCAA